AAUUUGUUCAAAGCCAAUAGAUAAAGGUUGCAUUUCCGUUUGCGUAACUCAUGGACCAAAUGUUUCUCUUCGUUAUUAUUUCGAUCACAUUUCUAAACGAAGAAUGGUGUAGAAUUCAAGUCUUAGCAGUAAAAGUGUGCUCCUUUGAAAGCAACUAUUUCAUAUGGCCACGAGAUGGCGAGCAUCUUAUAGGAACAGACGAGGAAUGCGAACGAUCCUGUUUGGACUCUCCAUGGUGCAAAGGGUACGAGAUUAUUGCACCCAAUUGUGUUCUGCUCAGUGAAUUGAAGGAGGGUAGUGUGAGAAAAACCAUUCCACUUUACGUGAGGAACUGUCAAGAUAUAUGCGCGAUUGGACAAGAAUACAAAAACAAUAAUUGCUCUGAGUGUGAUAUUGGUUUCUACAAGGACAGCGACGGAAAUACUAACUGUACAAAGUGUCCUAUGAACAUAGUAACAUUGGGGAAAGGUUCAAUAUCAAACUCUAGUUGUACAAUAACACGUUGUGAGAAAGGAUUUUCUUCAAUGGAUAAUGAGUUCUGCUACGCUUGCCCAAACGGAACCUAUAAGGACUCCACUGGAAAUCAGUCCUGUUCAAAGUGUCCUAUCAAUAAAACAACAUUAAACGUUGGAAGUACUGACAUCAGAAAUUGUUCUAUCGCACUCUGUGAAUCUGGGUUAUAUACAACCGACAACAUUACCUGCUUUAAUUGUGCAAAAGGUACUUACAAAACUGGUCCUGGAAAUCACCAAUGUUUACGUUGCCCAGCACACAAAACAACAUUACUUGUUGGAAGCACAGACAGUAGAAAUUGUUCGAUAAUACAUUGUGAAAAAGGAUUUUUUUCAAAGGAUAAAAAGUUCUGCUCUAUUUGCCCAAAUGCAACCUAUAAAAAUUUUACUGGAAAUCAGCCAUGUUUAAUGUGUCCUGUGAAUAAAACAACAACAAAUGUUGGAAGUAUAGACAUCAGGAAUUGCUCGCUCGAUUGCCCGUCAUUCUGCGUCAAAAAUAACCCGUGUAGAAAUACAGUCAGCAGUAAAUGUGUGUGCCAGAAUGGAUAUUAUGGAUCAGAGUGUUCAAAGCGUUGUAGUCCAGGAUGUUUAAACGAUGCUUGCAACAUAAUGAACGGUUUAUGUCUUUGUAAGGAAGGAUAUUACGGUGCCAAGUGCUUGAAAACUGGCAACUUGAACCAGGAUAACAAAUGGGACAGCCAUUAUGUGGAAGAAAACUGCUCGGAACAAGUAUGUCUCUGUUCCCAGGGCUGGUUUGGUCAAUCCUGUCAAUAUAGAGAUCUGGGUGUGGAUGCCAUUAUGGACGAUGGAGCUCUGAAUGACAACAAUGACAGCACCUGUGUGAAACAAAACAAUAUUACAAUAGAUUGGCAGCUAGAGAUACAAGUUGUCACGUGGGUUAGACUGGUCUUCACCAGCAAUGAUGACAUAGAUGACGUAGAAGCACUUUAUUUUGAAGAUCAAAGUUCCGAGCCUUAUGAAAGCUGUGACCAUCAUAGAUUACAGUUUCACAAAACAAGAAACACUGCGAUCGAUUUCCAUUGUGAAAGCUCUUUAUUUAUUCGCUCAUUGAAAGUGUCUUGGCAAAGUGACAGCCCUCUCUGUUCUGUCUAUGUCAGUGGAGCACGCAAUGUAGCUCCUGGGUCGAGAAAAGUGAAAUGGCGUGCUGGAGAAAAAAGACCAAUAACUAUAGACACACUAACAGACGGUAACUAUGGAAACACUGGCUGCCUAGCAAUGAACUCUAGCGUAACAUUAGAAUUUUCUUUCUGGAAAAACGUUUACUCUUCUGAAGUCCGAUUUUUUACAGACUUUACCAGAGAUGAUGGGAAAGGAAGUUUCUUCAUUGAAUUAUUUGACGAAUCAUCAAAACUUAGGCUCAGCAUGUCUUCUAGUGGAAACGAUGUUUUUGUGCAAAGAGCGUUUUUUAUGAAUAUGAUUGUAGUGAGUUUUAUUAAAAUAAAGGUCUUGAGUGGAUCAUUGAAUCUUUGUGAAGUGGAAAUCUUUGGAGAUUGUGACACUCCAUAUUACGGUUACUCUUGUGUAGAUGUAUGCUACCUGACAUGUCUAGAUCAAAUCUGCACCUAUGAAGGAGAAUGCUACCUUUGUGAUCCAAGCCGAACUGGUAUUUUCUGUGAAGACCGUACAUUAAACAAUGCAAAUGAUUCCUUUGAAUCAGACGGGAAGUCCACCGAGGCUACAAUUAAUUCGCUAGAAGCCAAGUCAUCUACGGCUAAGAAAAGCCAGCCAAUUGUGUUUGUUGUGUUUCUUUUGAUCUUUAGUUUAUUUUUCCUUUCAAUAGUUUUUCUUGCUAUAAAAAAUUGCUCAAAGAAAUAACAUAGGUGAAACGAAAGGUUUGCAAACAUGUACAUGUACAAUAUUUAAACACACACAGACACACGCAUAAACUAAACACACACACACAUAUAUAUAUAUAUAUAUAUAUAUAUUACACACAUAUAUAAAGUUAACAAUUAUUAUAUUAUUUUGAAAUUAUCACCAUUUACUGGGUAUAACGAAUGUGUUAAAUUUAAAAAAAAAACGCCAUUCAGGUUGACAAUGACAAAACUAAUGAAUAAUAAAAGG